UCUUCUCUUAUUUAUUAAACCGACACACCCCCCUCCCUUCCUCACUUUCCUCUCCUCUCCUCUCUCCCUCUGUCGACUACUCGGUUAGAAAACCCUAGAACUGUUUCGAACAAUCUGGAAAACCAAACAUGGGUGGAUGCUUCUCCGUCAAUGCUAAUUUUGAACCUUCCCUUCAUUCUUCUUCUCCCACAGCCAAGGUUAUCUCCGUGAACGGAAGUCUUCUUGAAUACCCAGUUCCCAUCGCCGUCUCGCAAGUGCUCAAGCCCGAGGAGGCUGCUUCUUCUUCCUCCACGCCCUCUUUUUUCGUCUGCAACUCCGACCGGCUUAACUACGACGAUUAUAUUCCUGCUUUGGAAUCCCACCACCAACUCGAGGCUGAUCAGAUCUACUUCGUUCUCCCGGUCGCUAAGCUCCAACGUCGCCUCACUGCCUCGGAUAUGGCCGCGUUCGCCGUCAGGGCCAGCCUCGCCCUCCAGAAUGCAUCCGCGGCUUCUUCCUCAUCGGAAAAGAAGGAUCGACUUCGUCGACGGAAACAGAACAGGGUUUCUCCUAUUUUCGUUGUCAAGUCGGAGCCCACCAAUUUUGUGGAUUACGAGGUUGAUUUUACGAUUGGUCCCUCCAAUUCCCUUAUGAAGAAGAAGGUGAUGGCGCCGGAGAAGCCUGCAGGUUUGGGGGUUUCCAGAUCUGGGUCCGUCAGGAAGUUGCAGAGAUACACAUCUAAAAGGGUGUUGAAGAGAGCCGUUCGGUCGUUUAAACUCAGAUUGGCCCCAAUACAAGAAGGUACCGAGGUAUUUUGAGCCCGGGUUUAUUGUCAUACAAUCAACAAGGAGAAGAACAACCCGUAUUUUUUAUUUUUUUUUGGUUGUUGUUUACAUUUAGUUUUUGUAUGUAAAUGUAAAUUUAACAGUGAAUCUGGACUGUUUGCUUAUCACUUUGUCUUGGCUGAUCUAUUAGCUUUCAUUCGGUAAUUUGUUUAUCUGGAAUGAGAUUGAAUCAAAGUGGUAAUCUUUUAUG